UCAUCUUGCCUUUGUGAAGCAAUACUUCGUUUUCGAAAUCUAGUUUGAAACUUCUAAUUUUAGAUCUCCCCGAGUCCCGAGAUGUCUGCGGAGAUGACUAGUGAAGAGAUCGUUAGUCGUGCCUUUGUGAAGCAAUACUAUCAUACUCUUAAUGAAUCACCUCAGUUUCUUCAUAUGUUUUAUAAAGAUUCUUGUUUAUUUAACCGACUUGGUCCGUUAACCCAUGUCAAGAAAACUGUUUGGACUAGGAAAGACGUGAAAGAUGAGUUUCUGGCUGUGAAAUUUGAAGAUUUCACGGCUAAGAUUGAAACUUCACUUGGUGUACCAUAUCCAAUGGAACAUGGUCGUAUUAUUGUGUUCGUCAAUGGACACUUGACUAGGAAGAAGGAUAACGUGAGGAACAAGUUUAGUCAAACGUUUCUUCUGGCUCAACAAGACAACGGCUUAUGUGUCGUUAACGAUAUUUUCAGGUUUAAAAAGGGGCAGACAGAGACCCAGGCGUGUUUUUCAACUGAGAUCGAGUCAAAGUCAGAGACUGAGCCAAAGUCAGAGCCUGAACCGGUAGCUUCGCGAUUGCCACUUCCUGACGAACUAACAAAUAUAGGGAGCUCAGUUUCGCUUAGUGGAAAAAUUCCGAACACAACAGAACCGAUCGAGAGGACAAGCGACCAAACAGGCCAUUAUCUUAUGCAAUAUGCGGAACAAUUUUUCAAUUAUUUUUCAUCAUAUUAAUUUCUUUGAUUUGUGUUUGUAU